AUGACAAACGAAUCCAAUUCAAAUAAACCAUCAUCCACCAUCAAACCCCAACAACAACCAACAAGUGAUGUUCCACCCCCAACACAAGAAGUAGAUCCCUCCCAUUAUCAAAAAAGAAUUUCACAACUUCAAACUCAACUCAAGUCAAUUGAAGAGGCCUUUAAUAAAGAAAAGCUAACAACCUCCAAUCUGCAAAGUAAUUGGGACCAGGAAAAGAAUGUAGCACAAAUCCUCCAACACGAACUUGACAAGGUUAAACAAGAUUUAGAGAGUCAAAGAAAACAAGUUUCUAUUCUCCAAAGUAAUCUUGAUAAGGAAAAAAACAAAGUUAACCACAUCCAGGAAGAGUCAGAAAAGCAUACCAAGGAAGUUGACAGAUUAAGAGACAUAUUAGACACUGUACAAGUUGAUAAGAAACUUGUUGAAUUCCUUAAAUCAAUCUCAUUAGAAAAAUCCCAAAAUCAAGAUGAAAGAAUUAAAAAAUUAACCAAAGAAAGCAAUGAAGCAAGAGAUAAUGAGAAGAAAUUAAAGAAAGAAAAUGAUGAUUUGCAGAACCGUGAAAAGCAAUUGGUUAGUGAAAAAGAUCAAAAGAUUACUGAAUUGAAUACAAAGAAAAAAGAAUUUACAGAUCUCAAGAAGGAAAAGGACACUUUAGAAAAGAAUUUCAACAAAUUGAGAAGUGAACAUGAUGAAACUAAACAAAAGUUGAAGACUGAACAAGACAGCCACAAAAAUACAACCAAAAAGCUUGAAGAUUUGAGAAGUGAUAAUAAGGAUCUUAAAAAUGACACACUUGAACUCCAGGCAAACCUUCAAUCUCUUGAAAGUAAAAUCUCAAAUCUGGAAAAGGAUAAAAACAGAAUGAGAACCGAAGCAAGUGAAAACCAAUCAAGAUUUGAGAAAGAAAAAGAAGCACUAAUCGAACUGAAAAAUGGUUUAGAAUCAAAGAUUGCUCAACUUGAAGAUAAUUUUAGAAUUGUCAAAGCAGAACAUGAUCCAGCUCUUGAGAUGAACAAUUUCUCCGACAAUACCACCAAGUCAAUUAAGGAUGCUUAUUUUGAAAUUAAGAAUUCAUUGGGUUCUCUUUGUGAAGAAAUGAGUGAAAAUCUUAAUGGAGAUGAUGUAGCACAAGAUUUUGAAUGUGAAAUUGAAAUGGAAUUAGCCAAAUACCUCUUUUCACCAGCUCAAGACGACAAUAAGGGCAAAUCAUUACAACACAGAUUGAAAGACAAGAAAUUAGGUUAUGGAUGCAAGCCAUUGGAAGAUUCAGAUAAGAAAAAACUACUCAAAAGCUGCCACAAUGAGAUUUUCACCUCCAUUGAACACGUUUUCAACAAAUUCAAAGUUGAGAAUCCUGAGCAUAUUUGUAGAGAUCGGGAAGUUAGUAAUCUAACCUCAGAAUUACUUGAUAAGGCAAUUGAACUCUACAUGAAAAUGUUUACCAAUUCAAAAAAGUUGGAAUUCGUUUGGUAUAAAGCAAAGGACAAUUUUAAUCCAUACGAACAAGAUGCAAGAAAUAACACAACCAUUCCAAAGAUUCAGUGCACAGUCUUUCCAUCCCUAAUGCAGUUGCAAUCGAGAAGUAUUUAUGAGAAGGCAAAAGUAAUUGUCAGAGUGUCAAAAAAGAAUUAA